UUUACAAUAACAAGAGACUUCGUAAAAGAAAGUUUACUCUUUGUCGUCAAUAUGGCUUUCGCUGAUCUAAUAAUAGAAGCCUUCACUUUCCCCGUUUCUGUUCACUCAUUACCUAGCAUGAACAACUAUCAACUUUGGAUGGGAAAUGUGAAUUCAUUGUGGACUUUGCCUUACUUCUGCUUAACGUCUUAGGUAAUUUCCCUGAAAGUUUCAUUGACCUUUGCGGUUCUAAUAUCCUGUGAGGGGUUUUACGCCAUAUAUGUAAGAGAUUAAUACCGACGUUCGAGGUAUUUAUCUGACUUUUUUCAUGAUAUUAUUUGUGAGGAAUCUUUAGAGAAUGAUUCUUUUCUUCAAGGGGCCAAACACCGGCUAAUUAAUACGGUCAAACCUUCGUCAAAUCAAAGCAGAUACCAGGGACCGCGCAGCAAGUUUUCGAGUGGGGGGGGGCUAAAGAAGAAUGCGUGAAGGAAACUUUUCUUGUUAAUUUUUUUUUGUUUAAUUUAUUUUUAUUUUUGCAAAAAAGUGGGGGGGCUAAAGCCCCCCCAGCCCCUCCCUCAGCGCGGUCCCUGGAUACAAUGAAAGCAACCUGAUGUCUGCGUUUCUCACAGGAAUGUGAAAAGUUGUUGCGAAUUCCUCCGAGACAAGCGCUAGACUUUUUUGUACUUUGAUAUUUUGGCGAGUCCACAAGGGACUUAGCAUUGCAUUUUCUUUGUUUUUUGUUUAUGUGUUCUAUUGUUUGAUAUUUUGUUUUUGUUCUUGUUCACAAGUUUUUCGGUAAAUGUGUACGAACGUUUUCCAACGACUUUUUCUGUUUUUGUGCUGUCAUUAUGGACGGCAUGUAUAGCGACGAGGAGCUUUUUCUUACCCAAAAUAGUUUUUCGAAAGAAAUAUUACAACACAGUUUUAGUAUUGAUUCUAUUUCAGACGGCCUAGUAGUUAAUGAUGAGCCUGCUCCACGAAAUUCGUGUGCGGAAGAAUUAAAGCAAGCAGUGACUGAGGAAAGCAUCAACGAUGGACGGACGGACCCAUUGAAUUGCUCAGAAGCAGUAAGAAAGAUUUUGAUCGUUGACGAUGGAGAACUUGAGAAGAGGAAGGAAUCUCGAAUACUGCUAAAUACAAGAAUAAAUACAUCGUGGGCAGUUCGUACUUGGUCUGAAUGGGCAGUGGAGCGAAACGGAAUGAUCGCAAUCAAAGGUGAAAGUGGAAUUACACUUUCCCCAGUCAGACCCGACAGUCUCAAUAUCACCGACAACGAGGGACUUAAUUAUUGACUAAGCAAAUUGGUUGUAGAAGUUCGUAAGAAAAAGGAUCCAGGCUCUGUUUACCCGCCAAACACUCUUUGUCAACUUUUCUGUGGUCUUCAGCGACACAUGCGAGACAAUGGUCGGCCUGAGCUAAACUUCUUCACCGGGGAUUAAUUUGUAGAAAUUCUAAUAAAUCCUUCGCUCAGGAAUUUAUUUGUACAAAUCCCUGAAACGAGGAUUUAUAUAGAUAAAUCCCUCAUUUACAAUCAAAUUCAAAUUCAAUUCAUCAGCCACGCUCUUCCCUGCUACAUUAUCAAGCCUUCCCCGGACUUUCGGUUUGUUAAUAUUGAACAGGGUUGUAAGUUUGAUAAAGGUUGUUGAAUAACAAAAGAAAAGGUGUGAAUCAUGAAAUAACGGCCGCUUAAACACCGAACAGUAACAGUACAAACGUCCCGCUUUGUCACUUUUAUCGUGUGGACGAUGUUUCCGCUCUUUUUCACCGCUGCUUACUUACAAUACGGGGAUUUUAUCAAAUAUCUACGUUUAUCAUAUGUUUUCAGCGUAGUAAUCAUUAUUUGCGGUUGUGAUACCGCAAUUUGGAUGAAGUUUAAACAUGGAAGCGUUGCUUCUCAGCAGCAAAACAGAGAGGCUCAAAAUCUGCGUUUGACGAGGACAAUGUUGUUGGCUUCUUUACUUGCUUUGCUUUGCUGGUUCCCUUUGAUCAUCGUGGCUGGCUCUAAAUAUUUAGGAACUCCAAUGUCGAUUAGAUAUUACCUCAUUGCUCGCUUCCUCGGUAGCUCAAACGCUAUUGUCAAUCCAGUUAUGCAUGCAUUGAGGAUUCCGGAGUUUCGACCAGCACUUGUUCAAUACUGUGUCAAGAAGCAACUUGGAAUGAACGUGGAAAGCAUCGAAACUGAAAGAAACCAGGCAGCCUUCUCAUCGAGAGAGACACAGCUGAGAACUUUA